GUGAGAGACGCACAAAACCAGAAAAGAAGCGGAAUAAAAAAUACAAAAUAGAAACACAAAAAACACAUGUUCCAUUAAAAUAAAGUCGGCAACGAUCGCUGAUUGGCCACUUACAGGGCACAGGAAUCUUCAUAGCUUUUCUCGGAGAGUGGAAAUUUCCCUGACUCGUUUCCCCAAAUUUUUACCCUUUCGCAAAUCCUUCUCUUCCCUGUUUCCAUCUCUUGUUUUCUCCUAACAAUGGCCGGUGGCGUCACUGUCAAGUCCGAGGUCUUAGGUCUAGAAUCUUCUCCUCCUGAAGGACUUUCUUCCAACACCGAGGAUGUCUCACCCAACAAGUCAUCUGGACUCAAUGCAGUGAUUCCUAGUUCAAACCAGCUUACCAUCUUCUAUAAUGGGAGUGUUUGUGUCUAUGAUGGAAUCCCUGCAGAAAAGGUGCAUGAAAUAAUGCUUAUUGCUGCUGCUGCUGCCAAGUCUACUGAAAUGAAGAAGAUUGCGGCGCAAUCUACCCUCAUUUCACCCGUUCCCUCAAGGCCUUCUUCUCCACAUGGAAUCACUAAUAAUAUUGCUUCCUCACAGAAUACUUCCAUCUGCAGGCUGCAAGAUGAAUUUCCAAUAGCACGCAGACAUUCACUUCAAAGGUUUCUUGAGAAGCGGCGAGACAGGCUGGGUAGCAAAGCUCCUUAUCCAUCCUCAUCAACUACAAAAGUGGCUGACAACAUAGAGAACAACUUCUGUGCUGACAAUGCACCAGAAUUGAAUUCCUUGAUUCGAUCAGAGGAGGAAUUUCAGCCAACUGUUUCUGCCUCUGGAGCGUAGCUAUGUUUGUUCUAUUUUAUGUGGUGUGAUAGUGUGGAAGACCAUGAGUGUGCAUGUAGUAGAAUCACAGAAACUGAUAUAAUUGUAUUAGGUUCUGAAGUCUGUAACUGUGUUUUUUAUAUGUAAAAUAGCUACUGAACCAGAAAUGGUCUGUAACAGUGUGACUUGAAUGUUGCGUGUAUCUGUGCGCGUCUAGGAAGUAUGCUUUUGUGUUCUGAUCACACUAUAUUACUGUUUUAUCUGUAUGUGACUAUGUGAACAACUGAUUAUUCAUUGGGCUGAUGUUCCAACUUCUAUCCUUA